AAGACGCGUUGCUGAAACCAUCAGGCUACCCGGAAUUGUCACUUAAUGACCCACUCUAUUUCCUAAUGGUAUAUAGCAGCACCAUAUACCGUCACUUGAUCAAAAUGGGCUCUAACAUCAUCAUAUACCCAAAAGAUCAAGAGAGCAGGACUGCGGCUGGUGAUGGGAGUUGUGAAUAGUCAGUGUCACACCAUGACUUCAUCAUGGCGAAUGUACACAGUCUCACCUGGGAGUGCUGCUGUCGUGGGCGGUCACUAUUACAGGAAGUGUCUCAACUGUCGCCGCACACUUGUUUAACACUGCAGGUUGACAUGACAACGGAAGAGAUAGACGCGUUAGUUCAUGGGGAAAUCAUCCGUCAUGAUGCAUAUCCCUCACCUCUGGGCUAUGGACGCUUUCCAAAAUCUGUCUGUACCUCUGUAAACAACGUGCUCUGUCAUGGCAUUCCUGACAGCCGACCUCUUCAGGAUGGAGAUAUUAUCAACAUUGAUGUCACGGUAUAUUACAAUGGCUACCAUGGAGAUACUUCGGAAACCUUUUUGGUGGGCAAUGUGGAUGAACGUGGUAAAAAGUUAGUCGCGGUUGCCAGGAGGUGUAGAGAUGAAGCAAUUGCAGCCUGCCGAGCUGGGGCCCCCUUCUCUGUAAUUGGAAACACAAUCAGCCAUAUAACUCAUCAGAACGGUUUGCAAGUCUGUCCACAUUUUGUGGGACAUGGGAUAGGAUCAUACUUUCAUGGACAUCCAGAAAUUUGGCAUCAUGCUAAUGACAAUGAUCUGACCAUGGAGGCGGGCAUGGCUUUCACAAUAGAGCCAAUCAUCACUGAGGGGUCCCCAGAGUUUAAAGUCAUGGAGGACGAGUGGACUGUGGUCUCACUGGACAACCAAAGGUCUGCACAGUUUGAGCACACGGUCCUUAUCACGGCCAGCGGCGUGGAGAUCCUGACCAAACUGCCUCAAGAAGCCUGAGAAUCUAUCAGCAAGGCCACCGAGGCCCAGGGCCUGUUGUCUUAAGGAGACCUUUGAGAAUGAGUUACCAACCACAGGCCACCUAGGAGCCUCAGGAAAAACUACAGUGAGGACAAGGGCUUUGGCGACUCAGUCUGCGGCCUGCAAGGGCCCCUGAAGAACCACCUUCCUGGGCAGGUGGUUUGCCUUUUCCGAGAUUCUAAUUCUGAUUUUCCUGAAAUCUAUUCCAGAUUUUAUCCAAGUUAAACAACAACAACAACAACAACGACCAAAAACAAAACAAAUAAAA